CCUCACUCCACAGACAUGUCGCACAAUAGCUGAAGUAAACCUGUCACCGCGGCUCAUCAUCGGAGCCUCCAGAAAUACACCGCAGGUCAGGAGGGAUUUCAAACCGCACGGCCACCUCCUCUGUCGCUUCCCCUUCGCGUCGGACCCUCCGUUUGGAAACGCCUGGAUAUGAAUUAUGAGCAUUUUCCUCACUAAUGAACUGGGCCAGUAAUGCAGGAGACCGCCGCGACUCUCUCAUCAGUGUUUCAAGAUGGCAGAUUUUCAUUGAGUUUUGAGCAGAAAUCUCGCUUUAUUUUUUGCCAUGAAUAACAGAAAUCCUUGCACCGAUGGCCCCUGUAUACGAAGGUAUGGCCUCGCAAGUGCAAGUGUUCUCCCCUCACACUCUCCAAUCAAGUGCCUUCUUUAGCGUGAAGAAACUGAAGGUGGAGCAGAGCUGUAACUGGGAUAUGACAGGGUACGGCACACACAGCAAAGUCUACAGCCACAACAGCAGCAAGAACUUGUCGGCCGCCAGUGGCCCCCUCGGCAUCAACAGCUCCCUGCAGGUCGCCAGCUCCACCCUGCCCUACGAGCAGGCACUCAUCUUCCCAGCCAGCGCGGGCCACAUUGUGGUCGCCUCAGCCAGCAGCACUUCAGGGGCCGUGGGGUCUCUGCUGGGCAGCGGGGGUGGAGGCAGCAGCAGCAACAGCAGUGGUGGUGGAGGUGGCGGCGGCGGCAGUGGUGUGGGUGGUGGAGUCGGUGUUCAUAACCUGACACGCCGCAGCACGGUCAGUCUCCUCGAUACCUACCAGCGAUGCGGGCUUAAACGCAAAAGUGAGGAGCUUGACAACAACAGCAGUGUGCAGAUCAUUGAGGAGCACGGCCCACCAAUGAUCCAGAACGGAGCAGCCAGUGGAGCCACAGUGGCCACAGUGGCCACCGCCACCUCCACCGCCACGUCCAAGAACAGCGGCUCCAACAGCGAGGGGGACUACCAGCUGGUGCAACACGAGGUGCUCUGCUCCAUGACCAACACGUACGAAGUGCUGGAGUUCUUGGGACGAGGAACCUUCGGACAGGUGGUGAAGUGCUGGAAGCGGGGCACCAAUGAGAUAGUUGCGAUCAAGAUCUUAAAAAACCACCCGUCGUAUGCACGGCAGGGUCAGAUCGAGGUCAGCAUCCUGGCGCGUCUCAGCACGGAGAGUGCAGAUGACUACAACUUUGUGAGAGCAUACGAGUGCUUCCAGCACAAGAACCACACGUGCCUGGUAUUUGAGAUGCUGGAGCAGAACUUGUACGACUUCCUGAAGCAGAACAAGUUCAGCCCCCUGCCACUCAAAUACAUCAGACCCGUGCUGCAGCAGGUGGCCACAGCGCUAAUGAAACUGAAGAGUCUGGGGCUGAUCCACGCUGACCUGAAGCCAGAGAACAUCAUGCUUGUGGACCCGUCUCGACAGCCCUACAGGGUCAAAGUCAUUGACUUUGGUUCAGCCAGCCAUGUCUCCAAAGCAGUCUGCUCCACUUAUCUACAGUCCAGAUACUACAGGGCUCCGGAGAUCAUCCUGGGCCUGCCGUUCUGUGAGGCCAUAGACAUGUGGUCCUUGGGCUGUGUGAUAGCCGAGCUCUUCCUGGGAUGGCCCCUCUACCCUGGAGCCUCAGAGUACGAUCAGAUCCGGUACAUCUCACAGACACAAGGUCUGCCUGCAGAGUAUCUGUUGAGUGCGGGGACAAAGACCACCAGGUUCUUCAACAGAGACCCCGACUCCACCUAUCCUCUCUGGAGACUUAAGACUCCAGAGGACCACGAGGGUGAAACGGGGAUCAAGUCCAAGGAGGCUCGCAAGUACAUCUUCAACUGCUUGGAUGAUAUGGCGCAGGUGAACAUGACGUCAGAUCUGGAGGGGAGCGACAUGCUGGCAGAGAAGGCUGACAGGAGGGAGUUCAUCGACUUGUUAACAAAGAUGCUGACCAUCGACGCAGACAAGAGGAUCACCCCUAUCGAAACGCUCAACCACCCCUUUGUCACCAUGUCGCAUCUCCUCGAUUUCCCACACAGCACACAUGUGAAGUCGUGCUUCCAAAACAUGGAGAUCUGCAAGCGUCGUGUCAACAUGUACGACACAGUCAACCAGAGCAAGACGCCCUUUAUCACCCACGUGGCCCCCAGCACCUCCACCAACCUCACCAUGACCUUCAACAACCAGCUGAACACUGUGCACAGCCAGGCCACCAACCUGGUUCCCUCCUCCACCAACAAUGCCACCCUUUCCUUUGCAAGUCCUGAUGUCUCCAUACUAAACUACCAAUCUGCACUCUACCAGCCCUCCGCUGCCUCCAUGGCAGCCGUGGCCCAGAGGAGCAUGCCCCUGCAGCCUGGGGCCCCUCAGCUCUGCGCUGCCCGGCCGGACCCCUUCCAGCAGGCGCUCAUCGUCUGCCCACCUGGCUUCCAAGGGCUGCAGGCGUCCCCUUCCAAGCACACCAGUUACUCUGUGCGGAUGGAGAAUGCUGUUCCCAUAGUGACGCAGGCCCCUGGUGCCCAGCCUCUGCAGAUCCAACCCGGCCUGCUUACACAGCAGGCCUGGCCCAGCGGCACCCAGCAGAUCCUGCUGCCUCCAGCCUGGCAGCAGCUCACCCACACCUCGGUCCAGCAUGCCACCGUCAUCCCCGACUCCAUGAGCAGCACACAGCCCCUCGCCAACUGGAGGAAUUCCCAUCCUCAUGGCAGCCAUUAUAAUCCCAUCAUGCAGCAGCCGGCCUUGUUGGCUGGCCACGUCACGCUCCCAUCCAACCAGACGCUCAAUGUGGGAGUGGCACACGUUAUGAGGCAGCCCUCGACCAAUAACAACUCCUCUUCCAAAAAGAACAAACAGCACCAGAUGUCUGCCAGGAACAUGUCAGCCUAUGAGGUGUCGUCCUCUCAGGCGGUGCUAUCCCCGCAGCGCUCGAAGCGGGUGAAGGAGAACACACCCCCACGUUGCGCUGUGCUACAGAACGGCUCGGCCUCCAACUGCCCACCCCCGCAGGGCUGUGGGGGAGGCGGGUGGGGGGCUAACGAGGCAGAGCAGGCUUCCAGCACUACCCGCGACCAUCAGCACCAGCACCACGUCCCCAGACAGACCAUCAUCAUCCCCGACACGCCCAGCCCUGCAGUCAGCAUCAUCACCAUCAGUAGUGACACAGAUGAGGAAGAUGACCACAAACAAAACAACAGUUCAUCUUCAAAGCAGCGGAAGAAUGUCAUCAGUUGCGUGACGGUCCACGAUUCACCCGACUCGGACUGUUCCAGCAACAACAGCCCCUACACUGUGGAGUCCAGGGCCCCCAACAACAACAGCUACGACACAAAGACCACCAUCCUGGACAACUACAACAAUGGGAACCCCCGCACCAUCAUCAUUCCCCCUCUCAAAACCCAGAACAGUGAGGUCCCGAGUGAGUGUGAGCGCCUGAUGCCAGAUGCUAUGAACCAUCAGAAUUCAGCUUACAAGUUCAAAUCCUCCAAUGGAGUGGUGUCUGGCAAUAAUCACUUACCAGGGGGUGUGGCUGGAGGUGGGUCCUACCGUCAGCAGCGCUCAGGGCCACACCCCCUCCAGCAACAGCCUCUAAAUCUCAGCCAGGCCCAGCAGCAUAUGGUAGCCGAGCGAAAUGGUCAUCGGCGCCAGCAGGCCUACAUCACCCCCACCAUCGCCACUCAGGCCCCGUACUCCUUCCAUCACAAUAGUCCCUCUCACACGGGCAACGUCCACCCACAUCUGGCUGCCACACACCUACCCAGCCAGCCCCACCUCUACACCUACACAGCCCCUGCUGCUCUGGGCUCCACCGGCACUGUGGCCCAUCUGGUGGCGUCACAAGGCUCGGCGCGCCACGCAGUCCAGCACGGGAGCUACCCACCAAGCAUCGUUCACCAGGUCCCAGUCAGCAUGGGCCACCGCGUGCUGCCCUCACCCACCCUGCACCACAGCCAGUACCAGGCCCAGUUCGCCCACCAGGCCUACAUCAGCGCUUCGCCUGCCUCCACUGUCUACACUGGAUACCCGCUGAGCCCCACCAAGGUCAACCAGUACCCUUACCUCUAGAGAAGACACUGACUGACACUGGAGAGCCUAACCCAGCGCUGCUGCUGCCCCCGAACCCACCCGCCC